UGGUGGUCAAACUAAGUAGUGCGGUAGUAUAAUAGGAGAUCAGCCAGUCCCAUUCAACAUGGUCAUCUCAUCCCUCUCUUAGGGUUCGCCUCGUUGCUGCCUCGUCUUUGAGAACUGCGAUUGUCACAAUGAGGCCCAUGAUCGGCAGCCUCGCAGCGCUGCUGCUGGCCGGCUCCCUGGCCGGCCUCCCGCUCGCUGCCGCCAAGCACAUCAUGAUCCCCAACACAUCCUUCAACUCGCAAUCCGACUUCGACACAGAUUGGAACUACCUCUACCCCUGGGGCACCGACCACAACGGGGGCGCGCGCAUGGCCAAGUCCCAGGUGACGCUCUCGGGCGGCGUGCUCACGCUGACGGCCAAGCCGGUCAGCGGCGAGAAGCCGGCGACGCACGGCGGGCAGCAGAUCCCCAUCCACUACCUGUCCGGCGCGGUGCACGCCAAGGAGCACUUCAACGUGUCGCGCGGCGGGGGGUACGACUUCUCGGGCGAGUUCCGCGCGCCCACCGCCCGCGGCACGUGGCCGGCCUUCUGGCUGACCGCCGUGCAGGGCUGGCCGCCCGAGAUCGACAUGGCCGAGUGGAAGGGCAACGGCAAGAUCUCGUUCAACACGUUCAACACGUCGUCCCAGGUCCGCGCCAAGGACGUCGCCUACCCGGACCCCGGCGACUUCCACACGAUCCUGUGCCAGGUGCGCGACGAGAACGGCCGCGACGUGAGCGCCAAGUUCUACAUGGACGGCAAGCUCGUCGACACGCAGUACGGGAAGGGGUUCGUGGGCGCGCCCAUGUACCUGUGAGUUCUUGUCCUUCCUUCAUGGGGAGGACUGGCUGAGGGAGAGGCUUUGCUUAGUGUUUAGGCGGUAGCGCUGAUGACCUUGACAGGAUCAUCAAUCUCCAGAUGGAGGGCUCCUCGGGGUCGCCCGGGCCAAGUGGAGGUCAGUUUAACCGUGUCACACAUCCGACUGUGCCAAACUCGUGUUGAUGCUAACCCAUCGCCCUUUUCGCGUAGACACCUUGUACCAGGUCCGGAACUUGGAGGUCUGGAGCUAUAAUUCGUGAUCGCGCAAAGUGCUGCAGAUCAUGCUUGAAC